GAAAUGAGGUUUCCUUCAGCGCGGACCUUGUUUGUUGUUGUCGACAAGUACCGAAGCUGGUAGCGUACGCUGAAGAGAACACAUUUCUCUGAUUGCUUCCUUUGAAGGUUGUGUUUUAGCUGUGCUUAUUUUUCCAAAUAUAGGAUUACCAGAACAAAACUAGUCACAGAGCUCAAUGACGUUGGAAAAAGGCCUGCGGCCAACAAACCCAAUACAUGUCCAUGUUGAUGAGACAACACCAGUUCAUCUCCACAUGAAACGCACCAAGAGGACAAAGAGUGGGGUACCUGCUGGAGGCAUAACUGCUUCCAACAGGCGGCCAAGAUCCACCCGCCGGGCAACAACUAGUGCCACCACCGCUCGCGCCCGCUCCUGCAGUCCUAGAGCAGGUCCAUGGGUUCCUGCUCCAGGAAAGGCUACUCGUGGGGCCCGCGUCACAUGGCAGGUACUGCAUCCACCCCCUUUUACGGAUCAGCACGUCAAAAGCCGCACUUUACGCGAGACACAUUCUAAGCCUAAGAGUCCAACCCGUCGAGUGGAGAUGGAGCAACCUCACGGCAGUGACCCAUCCACUGAUGAAGAAGAAGUUGUCCAGGGAAAGGAAAGGCAGUAUGAAGAGAGGAUACACAACCUCAUGAACCAGGUCGGGACACUGAAAAAUGAGGUGGAUCUGCAGAUGGCACUUCGUGAACUGGAUGCACAUGGAAACCUACUAGACACAUCCCAGCGCACCAUAGAGCGACAAGAAGCCACUCUGCAUAGUAUGGAGCAAGAGCUGCAGAGCUGUGAGCAGGAGAACUUUCUCCUCCGCAAAUCAGUUGACAUCACCAAGGUUACAUACUCUUCAGACCACUUGGAAAGAAGUGAUCAUGAGAGGGCUAAUUUCUGCCGCUGCCCCUUAGAGGAGAAAUGGGAAACAGAGAAGGAACUGCUGAAUAGAGAGCGAGAGCAACUGAUGAAGAAGCUGAUUGAAGUGGAGAUGGAUGGACAGGCCGCACAGCAGCAUGUUCGGGAAUUGCGGGAUGUCAUCCGGCGGUUGCGUGAUGACAACCGCCUGGGCAUGUCCUCGUCAGAUGCCGUGCGACUGAACAAACUGAAGGAGGCCUUCUUUGAAAAGAUGGCGGAUUUUGAGGCAACAAACCGUGCACUGCGCAGGCUGCUUAGAGAACACCAUCGCUCUGAGAGCGAGGCGACCCGUCUGGUUGACCAGCGAGACUUGCUAUUGCGCAAGGUUGCAGAUGGGGAAACCUCUCUAGAGCGCCUGCGCAGGGAGCUGAUAGAUAAGGAACGAUUAGUGGAGGAGCUUCAAGGACAGGUUAUGGCCCAACGUGAAGAGACAUUGGCAUUGAGUAAGCUGCAGGAAGCCUUAGAGACAACACGUGCCCACCUCCAGAAGCAACUACGCACCAAAGAGGCCGACUGCAACCGCAUGGCUGUCCAGAUUCGGACUCUGGAGGGCCAGCUAUCCCAGUGCAAGAUUGAGAUGGACCACUUGCAGGAAUUUGUUUCAUCAGCCAAACAUCGAGGGGAUGCUGACAAAGAAGCCUUGAAGAAAGCUACAAGGGCACAGAAACUACGCGCGGAGCAGUGCGAGACCAAAGCCGAGAAGCUGGCGGUGCAGGUUAUUGAAGGGGAACGUUCGGUGCAUGAUUUGAGCGAGAAGCUGCGGCAUGCACAUGCCACCAUUGAGCAUCAUGUCCAGACACAGCGCGGCCUUGAAAGCCAGCUGUCUGUCAUGCAGAAGCGAGCCGACGAGCUGGAGAUGAUGGUGAACAGGAUGGAAGAGAAGGCAAAGCUGCAGGUGGAGAACCUGACUGAAUGUCUGCAUGAGAAGACGACUGAGGUCACGGCCCUUCGACUGGAAUGUGAACGAAUGAAGUCCUCGGAAGACAUGAUGCGGAGCAAGAUGACUGCUACAGAAGAGCAAGUGUUGCAGCUGCGCUCCAGCAUCAGCCAGUAUGAGCAUCUAGUGCAGGAGUACCGAGGACAGAUUGACCAGUCACGGCGGGACGUGGAUCAGACACACGUACGAAUGGAAGAAAAGCAGCGUGAAGCCACUCGUCUGCAGCGAGACAAUGAAGUGGAAUUGGAGAAGGUCAAACUGCGGCUGCACCAACGUCUCCAAGAGCUGGAACCUCUCCCAGAACUUCUUCGGACCACAGAAUUACGGCUGCAUGAAGCCUCAGAAAAGCUGUUACAGUACGAGAGAAGAAACACAGAAAACACAAGACUUAUUGCGGAACUCACGGCUAAGGUUGAGAAUCGUGGAGAGGCUGUAGGAAGUUUGCAAGAGCGCAUUCAUGAAAGUCAAGAAGAGUCACGAGUCUUGCAAGCUCGUUUAGAGGUCAUUGAACGGCGCGUCAAGGAACUGGAGGAUAGCAACAGAGAACUGACUGCACAGGUUGCUCGGAAGGAGGAAGCCCUACACCAGUUGCACUUGCAACUAGAGGAAAAGAGCAGGGAGGGAGCGGUGCUGACACGGCAGUUGGAGAACACCCUCACAGACUUGCGCCAGCAGCAAGACAAUGCCAGAGACCGCUUUUCUUCCAAGGAACGAACGUAUCAGAGUCGAGUUGUGGACCUCGAGUCUCAGCUUAGCCAGUCACGGGCAGAAAUUGCACGUAUUAAACGUGAAAAGGAGGAGAGCGAGCGCAAGUUCAACUCACGUCUCUAUGACCUCAAAGACCGGCUGGAGCAGUGUCACAGCACUAAUCGUAGCAUGCAGAACUAUGUGCAGUUCCUCAAAAACUCAUAUGCCAACGUGUUUGGCGAAACCAGCACUUUCGGAAACUCUUCCUAUAAACCUCCCAUCCCUUGACCAGCAGUUUCUUUAAACCAGCCACCGACAGAGAACUUGUCAGCUGUGAAGUUCAGGUGGUGAUGAUGCCUUAUAGAUACUGCAAUGGAAGUAGAGAUGCUACAGAGUUUUCAGGUAGGUCUGGUUACAUGGAGGGCAACAAGGUUUCAACACUGCUGUGCUACUAAGGAUAGAUAGAAAACUUGUCAAGACUGUGGCACUGAUGAGAGGUAUCGUCAUACAUGCCACGCUGCCAUGCCUAUUGUUCCGAUGACUGUUUGGUCAGUAAAACAUGGUAAAACAAGGGCAGCAUCAUAGAAGCUAAUGUGGAAGGAGCUUGGGACUCGGAACUGGAUGUGGCUGACAACAGGCAAGAAGUUUUUAAUGUUACCUCAUCAUGUGUGAAAUAAUUGCAGUUCUGUGCAUGCUCUGUACAUGGCAUUGUCAAGACUACACAGCAUUGUUGAGGAUGCCAAGCACUGUUAAGAAUGCAAAAAAUUAUCAAUGCAUAGAAAUGGAUGGAGCAUCAGAAAGGUAGAGCAGUCCCAUCCUGAGUUGACAGAACCUGUCUUCACUGCAGUAAUCACUUGACUGGAAACUGCCUGCAUGGUGCUGUACACUCCCAGACAGACCAUUACCAACUUUUAAAUAAUAAUAAAAAACAGAUGACAACCACAAUCUUUGCGCAAAUCAUGUGUCCUCCAUCUUAUUAUGACUUACAUCUUGUCUUCGGCAGUUUAGCACAUUUUUUAAGUGAAAUUGAAUAUUCAUUUUUAUUUUCUGGACUGUCUCUUUUCAGCCCAGUAUCAACUCUUACUUUUUUAUUUUGAAACAUUUUCAUGGUAUAGUUACAAUGACUUUUAACUCUUUUUUACAUAGUAUCAAAUCAUUUCUCUCCAUCAUAAGCAAUAUGUUGACAAAGAAUUAAAAUACAGCUGGAUGUACAACUAAAUGUUAAAGCAUGGCUCCAAGUUCCUUUGACUGUGAUAUGUACAGAUCUAUCAGUAGUUAAUUUAUGAUGCAUUACUUUUUAUACUUAACAUUGCUAUUUCUCUCUUUUUUUUUCACAUUUUCCCUAAGCAUUUUGGAUUUGUUUUAAGAAGACUUGUAGGUUGACUUCUGGCUGUUAGACCCACUCUCCACAGAAGGAAAAGAAGAAACAAAUGGAACACAUUGUUCUGCAUAUACAGACGUGAUUUAUGGAAAUCUUAGAAGACUAAAUUUUGUUAGCACCCAUUCUGUCCUAGUUAUGUCACACAAGGUGUGGAGGUCUCAGCUGUAUGCAGAUAGUAGUGCAAAAGAUACUGAUGUUUAAGACUCAUCACUAAUAUUCAAUCAGAUGGUGAGUUCCUUGUAGUCCGCUAUGCGGACCUAUCUUCUAUAUGUGGAGAACUACAAAUUUCAUAUUCUUGCUUCAAUGUGUUCUUAUUUAUACACUAAGAUAUUCUUAUCUUAAGUUUGACUAGAUGAGAAAAAAACUUGAUUAUUGUCAUAGCAUCAACUCAGACUGCACCUUACAAUACAGCUACAUCCUUUCAUUUUCGCAACUAAUAAUUGAUGUAGCAUUCUCAGUUGAUGGACCUUGAAUAACGACAGCAUACAUGUUAACCCAGAAGGAGGAAGACACUGGCUUGGUGCCACUGAGAUUUUUAAAAUCUAAAUACAUUACUACUGAGAAGGCAGGAAAAGCAUAAAUAUAGGUCAGGGAACGAGAAUGUAUGAUCAUGUCAUGUAUGUCAUGUAUAUCGGAACACAAAUGUUGGUUACUGAAGGGGUACAUCAUCUGACAUUGUACAGUGAACAUGGCCUUAAGCACCAAGAGGACCACUAGAUAAGGAGAGUUAACUCUUUGCCCAUCACAUUUAGAAGUGUCUCCUACUUUGGACUAGAGGAAUUGUGCAAGACCUGUAGAUAAUUUUGGGAAAUUUCAAGAUUUGCAGCUCUUUGGAAUAAAUGGCAGAGGUAUGUAACCAAACUGAAGACCAAAAAUAGGAACAAAAGAAUCACAACUUUGCACAGGUGGGAACAGCUGCUAAAGGUGGCAUUGUCAAAAAGGGAGUUUUUAAGGCAGCAUAAUCUAAAGUUGUUUCUUCAUUUUAAGGAUGACUUCUUCUGACAUGCAGAGAAGUCACUUGAUAACACAUUGUCUGCUUUUGGAAUACUGUUACACAUGUUGUCACCUACAUCAUGACAGUUACAUCAGACAGGAUUAUUGUUUUAAUGUGAUGGUCUUUUAUUUUUGUUUCAGUAUUUGGUAGACUUUCAAACUAACAUCCUUAGCCUCCUUGAUGAUUCUACUUACGUCUGUGCCUUCAGGUUUUUACCACCACUUUCCCAAAUGCUAAGGGGAAAUGUGACCUUUUCUUUUUUACUUGUAAGUAACCAAAGCCAUUUUUAGAGGUUUGUAAAAAAAGAGGCAAAGCACUGCUUGUACUUAGGAAUACAAGUGUACAAACAUGACAUGCAGUGCAGAAUGCAUGUAAUUUCCUGUUUUGUUGCUACCUAUAUUACUUUGUACUUAUACACUAUUACUUUUUCCCACAUUAAUAUCUGUACUUUACUGCUUGUAUCUUUUUUGGCAGUGCAGAUAAAAUAGAAACAUUUUGUCUUCUU